AAAAAGCCUCUCAAGGUCGCGGAAGCUAGUUUGAUCAUCUAGGACUUGCUGCAUUUGGUGAGACUGUGAUUUAUAGAUGACCUUCGAUCAACGCUAAAACUAUAUGAAGAAUAUCCACCUAUUAAUGGAGACUUGUCUGAUUGUACAACUUUCCUGUAUAACGAGUACAAAGCGAUGCUAUUUAAGAAAGGCGAUUCCAAGAAGUGUCCAAUGAGAACCGCCGGAGAUGUUGUAAAACGUGUUUUAUGGGAUGAAAAGAUUCCUCAGAAAUGUAUAACAAUUGGAUAUUUGGAUAGGUUUAAGGGGAUUCUAGAAAAACCUUUCGAUGAUUUUUCGUGGGAACCACUAGAUAGUUUAGAUUAUUUCACUUUUGGUGUACCCGAACAUCGAAUUCAGUACUUUAAAUACAAGGAUAUAGUUGUAUGGGAUAAACGUUUCAGAAUAGAUAGAGUUUUCGGUAGUAGCCGUUCAUCUAAGACAAUACGAGAUGUAAUAGAAAACUAUGAAAAGUAUUGUAAGACUUUUCGAGAUAUUCCUGAUGUUCAGCUCAGCAACGUAUUUGAUAAUGUUUUUUUGAAGUGGAAUACAAAGGUUGCAGAAGAUGCCUGCUCAUCGGAAAGUCAAACAGAAGUGUCGUUAAACGAGACGAUCAAGCAAAGAAUAAAAAAUAAACCGAAUUUCUUCAUUUGUCAGCGAGUCGCAUCUCCUGAUUUCAUAGAAAAAGCGUUAAAGGUUCAGUCAAGAAUUUGUGACACUCAACCGUACUAUAAAGAUUGUUGUAUUGACUCAAAACUAUUUCAUCUUACACUGUCAACAUUACGACUGGAAGGUAGUUUGCAAGUAAGCAAGUAGAUUUUUAGUGAGUAUUUCAGUUUUGAAUGAGACUUGUUUUAAAGCUGUAUUGGAACUUUAGUAUAGUUUUACAGAUCUGCCGAUUUACAUAAUUUAAAUAAAAUGCCUUGAAUCAUUACAUUCGUUACAUUAAACUAGAAAGUAUAUCAUCACUUAAUUUUGACUGUCUCUAGACAAACUGAUUAUAAGCUAAUAGUGAUUGAUCCUGUUAUGUUUUUCGUGAAUUUCGAACUUCUGUGACACUAUUUAGGUGCAAUUAUUCUGUGAUAUAACUCGUUUAUUACAACCAAACUACAUAUCCGUUCGUCCUCCAUAGUAAUCCAAUCGUAAAGAUCAUAUUCACCGCCUGCGACACCCCUCAACUAUUAUUCCAUACUAUAAAAGCAUAUGUUUCAGUGGCCGUAUGAAAUACUUUCCAUUCUUAAAUAUUUUGGAAAUUUUAAAGUUUAAAAAUGCAUAGCACUUCUGAUGUUUGUUUGAAAAUAACUGUUAGUUACUUAAAGUUAGCUAUAUAGAAAUCCUAUUUUCCCAAGUCUGGACGUAAUUCUUAAGCUAAUAUAUUUUUUGCUGUUGUCACGCUUUAUGACUUGUUUCCACUACUACACCAUCUUGCUAUCAGUAUUUUAUUUUUAUUAAAUAAUCAUUUGUGUAAUCUACUUUAUUGUUAUCAAUAACUAACAAAUUGGCUCGAUUAGUCUAAUAGUGUUCGUACGUAGAUAUAAACAAAACUGCAGAGUAGAACUUAAUGAAACCCGAUUGAAAACAACACCGUUAUCACGCAUGUUUUGUAAUGCACAUAAUUUUAUUGCCAUCCAUCUACACUACACUUUUACACGUUUGAGUGUAUAUGAGUCGGUUAACUAAACAAAGAGUAAACGUACUCUUUGUAACAGUAAUAAUUUUCGGUGUUGUUGUAAGUGCAAUGACUUACUGUGUUAAAGUGACAUUUGUCAUUUUUCCACUAGACCUAAGCUUACUUUUUGACCAUCUUAGUAAACUUCGUUUCACAUUUUGUAGAUAUCUGAGUGCAUGGAAGCCCUCAAACAGGCGGAAACAGAGCUUUGCAGAUCUGUUCCAACAAACCAAUUAACAAUAAAAGGUGUGGGUAACUUCCACGGUCGAGUUUUAUAUGCAGCAGUUGAAUCUAAUGAAACAUUGCAUUUCUUUGUCGAUCAGCUAAAUCAGAUUCUACAUGUGGCCGGAUUCCAUACAGAUGAUCAGAGAAAGUUCAAACCUCAUAUCUCUCUGAUGAAGGUAGGUUUCGUUUUGUUUUUAAAAGAUCUCAUUUUAAACAAUCCCUGAGAAUGAAUAAUAACCCACCUACGUGUGUUCAAUAAUGUGCAAUUUAAUCAUAACCAUUUAGAUAAUUAACCGAUCGAAGCUGCUACCUUGACGCGGUGGUCGGGCUUGCCUAUCGUGAUGACCCAACCGAGCUAUAUUGGCUGGAACAUAUGUUCCUGCAGGUUCUACCAUGCCAGGCAGGUCGAUUGGUGAACGGUAAGACUAAAAGCAGCAACUCAAGGUCUGAGGGCGAAGUCGUACUGCUGACUGUAGAGGGGUGUGACAGCAGUAAGGUGUUUCCUUCAGACAACCAGCAUCUGCAGCGAUGCUGCCUUCCCACAAGGAGGGGUGGGGUUAGAAAAGGUCGACCCUA